AUGUACGAAUCCUCUUGUGACCUGAAGUCUGUUGAUGUCUCAAGACCAGCACUAAAGAAGUGCUCGAUGAUCUUCGAAAAGAAUGAAAUUGAGGCACAAACACAAAAUAUUUUAAAAGAGUGUGAACAGAGCUGCUCCGUUCCGGAGAUAGAAGACGUACGUAAGAAGAGGUACGAGGUGCGUGUUCGAGUGAAUCCAAUUGCAGAAUGGGCCCAUUCAGUUUGGAGUGACUGGAGUCCUUCUGCACUGGUGUCACCUAUCAGAACACCAAAUCCACCAUCAGAUGGUCCUGCGGUUAUCAUUAGCAUUGUUGCAUGUGCAGUAGUGGCUGCUUUGCUCCUGGCUGUCAUACAUUUGAAACGUAACAAAACCAUCUGGAUUUACAUGAUAACAAAAAUCAAAGGUCAGCCCAUACCAAACCCAGCAAAAUCCUUCCUAAAAGAUGUUGAUUUCCAACAGAAUCAUCUGAGCCCUCACUUCCCCACCUUCUUUAACCCGCUGAAAAUUACCACUGAAGAGAUCACCUCCUCUGUGGAUGUCCUUGCACCCUGCAGGCCAGAGGUGGCACUUCUACAGAAAAUGAGAAGCAAAAGCAGCAAUGAGUCAUCCAGUUCAAGUUUCUCCAACCCCAGUUAUGCCCAUUUGUGUCCUCCUCCCGCUCCUCCUGCCUCUUUGCUCACCUCUGGGAAUCUGGACCCCUGUGCUGCUGAUACCCCUUAUGGGCCAGUUUGUAGCAAAAAUGCAGUCGAAGAUACAGAACAGGAGAGGAGUGAAAUUGGAAGGAAAAAGGGGGAGAUCCUAGAAUUGCUCUCAAAAGGUAGCAAUGAACGAGAUCUUACGCCGGUAAUGUCUGACUACGAGAAGAUUGAGAAACUCCAGGUUGAGCGCUCAAGGCUCCAGAGUCUAGAUUCAGGUGUGUGCAGCAGUGAGGAGGUCAGUCAGGAAAGCCUUGAAGCAGAUAGCAUCAAUGUGACUGAAAACAAUGACGGACAGGUCAAGAGGGAGACAGGGAAAGCAAAGGAACACGUUUUUCAGGAGCUGUUUGGAGGGGCUGGAGACAUUUUUGGAAAAGGCUCCAUUCAGGUUUGUUCUGGUUAUGAGCCAGCUCAAAAUCUGAAACUUGACAGCCCUGAGCUCCAAAGCCUGGAUCUGGGUGUUAGCAGCGAGGGCGGUGGGCAGUUUAGUCAGGAAGAGAGCUUAGAGAAUGCUGACAAGCCCACUGAAUCGACAAACCUCCUGUUUCCUCUUUCGUCUAGUAUCUUAUCAUGCGCAUUCUCAUCCAUCACGCCUCUGCCAUUGAACUUGGCUGGACAAGCUUUGAGUCCUGCCAUGCAACCUUUGCAAUGUAAUAUACUUCAGAGGCUUGCUUUAAUGUCAGCCACCAGGUCUGCAGAGCCCUCUGGUGAUGGAUACAUGCCAGUAAGACAGGAACAGAGCUAAAAA